UGAAAGCGAGGCUGUUCCCCAGUCGCGCGCCGUGCCGCCGCCGUGUCACUUGCAGUCGAGGCGCCCGCCGGCCAGCCGGGAAUGCACGCGAGCAUAUAGGCGGUGGUGCGAGAGAGAGGAAAACCGUGUGACAGGCUGCCGGUGCCCACCGGUCACUGCCGAUACUACAGGGACUUUCAGCGCAGCAGGAUGGCAGCGCGGUGCUGGUGUCUGUGUCUGCCUCUGCUGCUGGCGGCCAGCAGCGCCGCAGUUGACCUAGGUGGACAGAGGAGAAGUGGGCCGGGUCGUGAUUGAGUCAGGCAAGUCGGUGCGGCUGCACAAGCGCCAAGCGGUGCGGACGGGGCCGCUGCGCCUGCCGGUCGAGAUCGACCCUAUCCCGGCCGGGCCCCGCUUCACCAUGCCCCACAUCUCGUUCCGGGAGCUGUCGCGUGACGUAGCUGACGCCGUGGCGGCCGUCGACCAGCGCUUCGACGUCGUCGAGCCGGCCAUCUACAACAGCGGAUCACGGCUGGUGCCAGGCACACCAGCUUGGUUCAUGGCGGCGUCUCAUAAGAUCAAGGUGGUCGCCAAGAACAUCUCGCGAAUCGCCUACAUUGCAGAGGAGGCAACGAAACACAUCGCAGAGAAGCACCAGCUGAGCAAGGACCAGAUCACGUAUGGCCUACCGACGGCCGACGUGCGAGGCACCGUGCUGGGCGACUCGUGCCCGGUCGAGGUCGACUUCCCCUGCCAGCCGCGCAAGUAUCGCGCCUUCAACGGCUACUGCAACAACGUGCAGAACCCCAAGUGGGGCAACUCCAACACCCGCUACCUGCGCUUCCUGCCGGCCGCCUAUGGAUCAGACGGUAUCUCGGUGCCGCGCCAGGCCCGCAGCGGGCAGUUCCUGCCGUCGGCGCGCUCCGUCACACUGGCCGUGCACCAGGACGGCAAGACCACCCACCGGCACAUGAACGUGAUGGCGGCCGUGUUCGGAGAGUUCGUCUACCACGACCUCUCGCACACGCCGCAGAUGGCAGGCUUCAUCGGGCAGCGGCUCAAGUGCUGCGACGUCGAGCUGGCCAACUUCCACCCCGAGUGCUACCCCAUCCUGAUCUCGGAGAGCGACCCGUUCUACGGCCGGCUGAAGCAGCGCUGCCAGGAGUACGUGCGCUCGGGCGUGGCGCCGCGCACCGGCUGCACGCUCGGACCCCGCGAGCAGAUCAACCAGGUGACCUCCUUCCUGGACGGCUCGGUCAUCUACGGCAGCAGCAAGGAGGAGAAUGACGAGAUCCGCCAGUUCAAGAAGGGUCUUCUCAAGAUGCAGCCGGGUCCGUCGGGCUCCAAGGGCCUCCUGUCGGCUGACCCGACGCAGCUCGACUGCAAGCCGCACCCUUCGCUCAGCUGCUUCCGUUCGGGAGACGUCCGUGUCAACGAGCACGCCGCCCUGGGCGCCAUGCACACGCUCUUCGCCCGGGAGCACAACCGAGUCGCGCUGGAGCUGGCCGCCAUGAACCGGCACUGGACGGACGAGCAGCUGUUCCAGGAGGCACGCCGCGUGGUCGGCGCCGAGCUGCAGCACAUCACCUACAGCGAGUUCCUGCCGGUCGUGCUGGGCAGCAGAAUCGUCUCAAAGUACGGCCUGGAGGUGGAGAAGGCCGGCUACUUCACCGGCUACGACAUCAACAUCGACCCGGGCGUGGCCAACAGCGUGGCCACCUCGGCCCUCCGCUUCGUCGCUUCCAUGAUGGGCAGCAGCAUCGCGCUUCGGAACGGCGAGCGCGUGGUCAACGAGCUGGACCUGACGUCGACGUUCUACGCGCCGUUCGAGCUGUACGUCAAGGGCAGGCUGGACCAGAUCCUGGAGGGUCUGGUGCGCGAGAAGGCCAUGGCUGAGGACGUCUUCAUCUCGGAGGCCAUGACCAACAAGCUGUUCGAGGAUUCAGCUGACGGGUUCGGUCUGGACCUGGCCGCCCAGCUGAUCCAGCAGGGCAGAGACCAUGGCGUGGCCGGCUACAACGAGUGGAAGGGCUUCUGCGGCCUGGAGCGCGCCAAAAGCUUCAAGGAUCUCGGCGACACCAUGGCGCCAAACGUCAUCCAGGCCCUGCAGCGAGUCUACAGUCACGUGGACGACAUCGACCUGUUCACGGGCGGCCUGGCCGAGACGGCCAAUGUCGGGGCGCUCGUCGGCCCGACCUUUGGCUGCCUGAUCGGCCGCCAGUUCCACUACCUGAAGCGUGGCGACCGCUACUGGUACGAAAACGACGUGCCGCCCUCGUCAUUCACCAGAGACCAGCUGGCCGAGAUCCGGAAGACGUCGCUGGCGCGGAUCAUCUGCGACAACGCGGACGCCAUCGACUACAUGCAGCCCACCGUGCUGCUCCAAUCGGACGAGUUCCUGAACGCCCGGAUGGACUGCGCCAAAGGCAUGAUCGGUCGCAUCAACCUGGACCGCUGGCGCCAGCUGUCGCCCAACUUCGUCGUGCCCGACGAGAUGCUGCACCAGUCGAUCGAGCGCGCCAAGCGUGACCUGGGCGAGAUGCGUCACACCGAGUGGAAUCUGCACGAGGCCCCGGUGCCAGAGAUGGUGCGCGCGCUGGUGCGUCGCCGGCCGCGCCAGGCCGGCGACCCCAACUCGCGCGUGUUCCAGGAGGCCAUCGCGCUCCUCUUCGACUCGGUCGAGGUGGGCCAGGCCGCGUGGAGCACGCUACGCACCCACGAGGAGAAGCUGUACAAUGAGAAUCUGGCGGCCGAUCCCAAGUCUGCCAUCGGCUCUGCCUACGCCUUCAUGAGACCUAAGCGGCAGGCGCAGGACAUAUCCAACACCUCCAUGGUGCUGCAGUUCGCUUCGCAGCGAUUCAUCAACAACUUCUUGAACGGCAACCAGCUGAAGGACCGCGAGUCGGGCAGCGUGGCGCCGCGCGACAUCCACGAGCUGGUCCAGGUGCUGCCCAACAUCGACGUCUCGGACGUGAUGGAGAUCCCGAGCGUGUUCGAGUGUGACGACCAGACGCUGCCCUGCGACCACACGUCCAAGUUCCGCACGGCCUCCGGCUGGUGCAACAACCUCAACAACCCCGGCUUCGGCAAGGGCGUGCGCGCCCUGAACCGGCUCGUGCGCCCGCACUACUCGGACGGUCUGAUGGCGCCGAGGGACCGGUCCGUGGCGGGCAACCCGCUGCCGUCGCCGCGCCUCAUCUCAGUCAACAUCCACAACGACGUGUCGGCGCCGCACGUGCGCUACAACCUCAUGAUCAUGCAGUGGGGUCAGUUCAUCGACCACGACAUCACCUUCACGCCCGUUAACAAGGGCUUCGGCGAGAGCAUCCUGGACUGCCGGCGGUGUGAUGCGGCGCUCACCAUCCACCCGGAGUGCAUGCCGAUCUCUGUGCCUGAGAACGACCCCUACUUCCCGCGGCGUAACGUCACCAACGGCCAGCUCUUCUGCCUGCCCUUCACGCGUUCCAUGCCCGGACAGCUCACGCUAGGUUACCGGGAGCAGAUGAAUCAGGUGACGGCGUAUGUGGACGCGUCGCACACGUACGGCUCGGACAAGUGCGAGCAGCGCCAGCUGCGCAGCUUCGUCGGCGGCCGGCUCAACGCCACGCGCCACCCCAUCCGCGGCAAGGACCUGCUGCCGCUCGAGAGCGCCCACAACGAGGAGUGCAAGUCCAACUCGGGCGUCUGCUUCACUGGCGGUGACACUCGCGCCUCGGAGCAGCCCGGCCUGGCCGUCAUGCACACCCUGCUCAUGCGCGAGCACAACCGCAUCGUCGACUACCUGAAGCGCAUCAACCCACACUGGAACGACGAGCAGCUGUUCCAGAAUGGCCGGCGCAUCUUGUCGGCCCUCAACCAGCACAUCACCUACAACGAGUUCCUGCCGCGCGUGCUCGGCUGGAACGCCAUCAACCUGUACGGCCUGAACCUGGACAGCGAAGGCUACCACAAGGGUUACGACCCGUACUGCGACGCGUCCAUCGUGAACGAGUUCUCCACGGCGGCCUUCCGCUUCGGCCACUCGCUGCUAAAGCCGCAGCUGGUCCGCAUGGACAACGCGUACCAGCACAAGGGGCCCGACAUCAAGCUGAAGGACACGUUCUUCAACCCGGACCCGCUGUACGAGCCGGGCAUGAUUGACCAAGUCAUCCGCGGACUGGCCACCACCUCCAUGGAGACGCUUGACCAGUUCAUCACCGAGGAGGUCACCAACCAUCUGUUUGAGGACAAACAUGUGCCCUUCUCCGGCCUCGACCUGGUCGCACUCAACCUGCAGAGAGGGCGAGACCACGGCCUGGCGCCGUACAACCAGUACCGCUCGCUCUGCAACCUGACCCACGCCAGGUCCUUCAGCGACCUGACCCGCGAGAUAUCGCCGCCCAUCCUGGAGAGGCUGCGGCGCACCUACUCGCAAGUCGACGACAUCGAUCUUUUCACCGGCGGUCUGGCCGAGACGCCGCUCCACGGCGGCCUGGUCGGACCCACCUUCGGCUGCAUCAUCGGCAUCCAGUUCAGGGCCCUGAAGCGCUGCGACCGCUUCUGGUACGAGAACGAAGACCCUCUGGUGCGGUUCACCGAGGCGCAGCUGGCGGAGAUCAGGAAGUCAACCCUCUCCAAGAUGGUCUGCGACAACUGCGACCAGGUGGACGUCGUGCAGAGGUCGCUGUUCGACCUGCCGGACCCGUUCCUGAACCCUCGCGUGAACUGCGAUAGCAUGAAGAGCAUCGACCUGGACCUGUGGAAGGAGCGCGUCAGCUGCUCUGUGGGAAGCUUGACGAUCGACAUCGGCUCGGCCGAGCGCGUCUCGCCCUGCGUCAUGUGCACCUGCACUAAAGAGGGACCGGUGUGCCAGUCGCUGAAGAUCGACAACUGCUUCCACCUGGCGAACAGCUACUCGCCCGAGGACAUCCUCAACGACCACGUCUGCAAGGUGCAGUGCGCGUUCGCCUUCCGCGCGCUGCCGGAGGUGGAGAACCACCGGAAUCAGCUGGGUUUCCAGUGAUCGCCCGAGCCGGCGAUCGUGGCAACCACGAGCACCGCCGUCACAGCGCCAGGAAAAAUCGCUGGGGGCUUCCGAAAGGCGCUCUUCUUUCAGACGAGUGGGUGCCGACCUAGUAUGGGGAGCGCGCCGGCAGCAGUGCAGCUGCGGGGAGCGCCUGAAGCGACGUCAGGCGGCGGGACGGAGGUCGGCGUGAGGCAGCAAGUGCGGUGGACAGAGUGCGUGUCGGCGGCGGCACCACUGUAGCCAUAAGAUUAUGGAGCGCGAUCCGUGAACUAGGUAGUGAUCAUGUCAUGGCGUCACCUCACGCCGCUCAUAUUUCCUGGAGAACGGUGUACAUUUAUCAUUACAUAUGCGUAGGAGGUCGUGAGACGGGGUCGUAAGUUAAAUUUUCCGUAGGCUGAAGGAAGGCGAGUGCGUUAUCCCGGGCGUGUGGAGUUACUACUGGCGUUAUACGUUUUGCGCUGCUUUAUAGCGCAAAUAUGCGUAUUGCGACUAUUCUGAUAGAUUCGGUGCCGUUAAGUCUGUAUGCAAAUAUACAUUUCCAGCUGCCGGUGACA